UUCAGUGUAGCUGUUUCCAUGUAAACUGAUUUUGUCGAAUAAUUAGGUACAUUUACACUGUUUUUUCGUUCAGAAUUUUUUGAGAGACGGCUGGAACUGUUUCAGCAACACCUCAUCGAAUUCCAAUCAUAUGAUCAUCAAAUAUUCCUCGCAAAAUCUUUAUCUUAACGAAUAUUUUUUCCUCCUCAAAGUGCGCGAUGAUCACGAUAAGAAUCAGAAAUAAAAUUCACGAGACCAUAAUUGAAAUCAUUUAUGCCACGUGUAUAAAAAACUGAUUUACAAACGAUGACUUUCAUUGGGCGCAUUAUAAUCAGACACAUUGCGUGGUUCUCGAUGCAAAAAGAAAUAAAAUUAAUCAAACGAAUAAACGAUUAUAAUAAUUGAAACGUGUGGCGAUUUUCAAAUAAAAUUUUGUACAGCGGGUUCAUUUUUAUUCCUCUUCCAUACCGCGUUGUUUCGUUUCUAAAGAGUGUAAUGAUGCCCAAAUGGAACGUAACUGAGAAGAAUACUAAUCAAAACCGAAAAAGAAAAAAAACAAAACGAAAUUAUUACAAGCGCUGGAUUACAGUGUGGGGUGCAUGAAACGUACGAAACCAGUUGUGAGGCGAUCUGUCGUAUUGUAUAAAACAAAAAUUUGAUCUUCCAAUUAUUUCGAUUAAGCCAAAUUUAACAUGACUUUGACACUAGCUGUGAAAAGAAAUAUUCGCGGUAUAUUUCAUCGAUUGUGCACCCUACGUGCUAUUCAAUGCGUAUGGUUUAUAUACUUAGACACGAUCGCGUUUGGCAAUUAAUCAGCAGCUUUCGCAGCCAAGACGUGGCUAGACAUUUGCCAAGUGCAAACAAGGACGGUGUCUCUCGCCUCCUCCAUAAGGCACUUCGAUAGCUUGAACUCCAUCUCGCGUGCCAAGCAUUGUAUACCUUAUGUGUAGCUAUAUGGCGCCGACUCGUCUCGAUUAGCCAUGACACCGCAAUGUUGGUUUGAAAAAAGAAAAAAGAAAAAAGAAAAGAGAAAAAAAAAAAAAGAAAAAGAAAAAAUUAAAUAAAAAAAGAAAAAGGAGGCAAAGUCAAUAAAAAUUCGCCAUCGUGCGUUGCACGUUUAUACCCACGCAGAUAAUCCAAAUUUUGUGUAUCUUUGCAAAAUAUGAAUUGAUAUUCUAAUCGCUCCGCUAUAGCAGUUUACUCGCGGAGGUCCCCCCCCCCCCCAUAGACCAUAACCAUAAACGUCGCGUCGACCGGCGCAGCCAGUCUUUACACACGGAAAAUUAUGUAAUGAAGAGUAAUUAGUUCGAGUGGUUUACAAACGAUCGUCAGAGUCGACCGAGUACGUUUCCAAUGGAAAACGAGGUGGUGGUCAACAGUCAUUGGGUAAACAUGGGCGUGAUAGUUGCCCAAGAAAUUGCUGAUGUACAAUAAUUUCUUCUUCUUUGUUUUUUUUCACUGUCUCUUUUCAAUACCUAACCCAGGCGAUUAUUCUAUCGAUAUAGCGCAGUAUCUACCCGCUAUGGAUAAUUAUUUUUAUGCCCCUCACGUACGACUUGUAUGACACUAAUUUUCAACAAAUUACCAUCGCAAAUUAACUAUAUUACCGCACGAUUGCUCAACUAUUUUUAACCACCUGCAGCGGCACCGCGUAAAUUUAGCAACUCCCGUUCGAAUGUAUUGUGUAUUUGUACACCGUACCCACCUGUUAAAAAAUUCUACAGUAGUAAGACACGAUAUGCGGUCGGACGCGUUCAAGAUUAAUACCUCGUCCUUUAAAUGACGGAGUAUAGAUCGUGGAAACUAUCGUCACUCUGACAAGUUUUUCUGAACAACUCUGAUCGCCCGAAAACCAAAAGGUGAAAAAAUAUUUUUCGACAACUUCACGAUUGGGGUAUAUGCGUCGAUGGAGAGCUAUACAUACAUAUAAUGAUACAGGAGAAUAAUUCACACGAUACAUGAUAUCUUUCAUUUUGUUACGCUCCGUGGGGCGAGGGUUUCUCCUCACGCUCGAAUUUCACAGUUUCGACACGUCUUCGAUUCAUUUUGCACAUUCAAAGGUGCGUGUAGAUACAUGCGUAUGCGUAUGCGUAGCACCUGGUAUACACGAACGCAUGCAUGCCAUUUCCGACGGCGGUGGAAAAUAUAUCGAUCGAUUUGCAAAACCCUUCAGAGAAGUCAUCAGCCUUAUGUGCGUAACGAGAUAUUCGCUCACAAUCAGUUUGACCGAUGCGGUUCCGUCGAGUAAUCGGCGAAAGGAAAAUGAAAGCUUCGGACAUCUUCGGAUGAAGAACGAGAAAGGGAACGUCAAUCUUCAAUUUGCUACACGCGACAUCUUAGGUGACAGAGGUUGGAAUAGAAAGUCCGGGACCUGGCUUGCAGUACCUUGCGAAUUCAAGCAGCUUUCGGCGUGCCCUUCUUUCUUCUUUUUCGUUCAGCGUAGUUAUACAGGUAUAUACGCUAAAAUCGAAUACAGCUUUCGUUUCUACGAUCGGAUGGCUACGUUUCCAUCGGUAAUUAAUCAGAGGAACCACUAAAUUAGGGGGUUCGAAUCGAGCACCCCUACUCCUAUCAUCGUUAUAUAGUUGUACUACUUCGAAUUUAAGUGCUGCACCUGCGGUCCUGAGAUAAAACCUCUGUAGAAAUGUAUAAAAGGUAUAUAUAAAAUUUAUAACAAUCUCUGCACGCAAGUUUAAGAAAAUUAAGUCAGUGUGCAAAUUUUGUCUUCGUUCAAUAAUAAUUCAAUCUUUGAUAUCUUAAUUGCUUUUUACGGCACUUUGGUAUAGAUAUAUUGUAGGCGUGUAUACGAGGAAGUAUGUAUGUAGGUGUACCUUUAUACAUAUAUAUAUAUAUAUAUAUGGCUUACACUUUGAACAAGCUGUUUCCACGAUCUAAAAUACCGUAUUAAAAAAUUAAUAACGAUGAAAA